AUGGUCAACUUGUUCAAGCGGCUUCGGAAGCUGCAAACUAUGCUCAAUACCAAGAUUGGCACCGGUGCCGCCAUCUUCCCUAGCCUUACCUCCGCAACAAAAGAAUUCCCAGCCGUUACCCGACUCCACCUCACAUAUGCACGCAAGAUCGACCAUGGCCACGCAGGCGCACGGCAUUUCUGGCGUAACUGCCUUCCGCGACUAAAAUAUCACAACCCGGGCGUGCCGAUGACAGUGACACAGACGUCCGACCAGCAAGGACCCUCAGCAUUGACGAUCUACUUCGCCGAACGGGCCGGCAAUGCCGCAACAGCCCUCGCGGAAGAGAGGAAGGUUACCGAUGAUCUUGCACCGCCCGCUGACGCCAAUGAGCAAUCGGUCGUUCUGGACGUCAAGAACCGCUCGUACCAACAGAUCUGGGAUCGUGUGCAGGCUAUGACAGGCGCGAAGAGCGUCCCUGCCACUAGCGAGGACACCGCGUUGUUGCAAAAGUUGGCGGAUAUCAAGAAGAAGUCUGGUCCGGAUCGUCAGCGUGUGCAGGCUAUCCGACAGGCCAAGAAGGACCAGGAGCGCAUGCUUGCUGAGGCUAGAGGUCAGGUGGACAAGCAAGUGUAA